CUUACAACAUUCCCCUCUCAUUCCUUUGUUGCAACUUGCAAUAAGUGAUGAUAACUUUACUCUCCCUCUCGAGACAUUCCUCCCUACUGCAAUCAAGCAGGGUUUUAUCGCAUUGACUGGACUACGAGAAAUACUCAUAAAAAGAUUGAUGAUAGUGAGUUUAAGUACUCCCACCCUGUCUUCGUAUUCAUAAACCAUAUAUACAAACAUCUAAUUAUGAAUCAUUCAAUUCCUCUUCCCCCAUCCGCUGAAGUUUGCAAAGCACCACAACCCUAAGCUUCCCUAGUCCACUUGUCAAAUUCCAUCGACACAUAUAUGACACAUUGUAAUCUAAAUUCUGUAAUACUUGAUUUUGUCAUGGUUUGUAGUUGGAUUAUGCUAUAUGAUGUUCGUCUAGUAGUGUUGUGUUUACUUAUAUAAACUUCUUAUUUUUCUGGUAACUGCUUUAUCAUUUUAUAGCUCUAUCUUAAUCGACUUGAUCAAUAUACUGAAAAAACACACCACUUUCCAAAAGCAAUUUAUGCCAUGUUGCAUCAUCCACAAACAGUUGAGCAUCGCUCAGAAUGAAAAUAGAAAGUCGAUUAUGUCUUAACAAUGCCACAAACCCUCUAUAGUGGUUACUAACCACCAUCCCUUGGUUCACAAGGCUACAUAUUAUGUGUUACCAUGCCAAAUCAAUGCCCUGGCCAAGUCACAAGGGGAACAACUUUGAACUAAUUUUCAACUGGAUGUACACGCCAAAGAUUAUCCGUUAGAAGUUAUAUGCUAAGGACGAGGAUGCAAAACUUCUAUCACGGUGAUAAAAAUAAAAUAGAUUUUUAGAUUCAAAAUGGGGAUGGUAAAAGAUUUAAGAUAACCCACCUCAUUGUCAUCUUUACUUCACGACUCUCCCUUCCCUUACAUCGUGUCUCUUCUCCCUUUCUCAUUUACCAAAAUAUAUUAUUUUUAGAAGAUAAGAAAUACACCUAUUUUUGUAUUGUGAAAAGUGUGGUAUUUGUCACAUUUUAGAAAAUAUACUAUUCUCAAAGGAAGCAAUAUCAAUUUUCUUUCUAUAAGGGUGAUUUGCGUUCACUGUCUAUGAGACUAUUGAUAUUACCACUAGAUCAAACCCUUUUUCGUAAGAAGCCACAUCAUUCUUCAUAUCACACAAGUUAGUUACUUAAUCGUCACAUUUGUCAUUUAAUUACUGAACUAUCAAAUAUCAUACUGAACUUUACCAAAGAUAAAGGGUUUGAAUGGGAAACAAUAGUUUUAACUCUUCCGUGAUUUUUUUUCCUAGGUGCAACAUGUAACAAAAGAAUAGUUUAUGGUGUCUUAAUAGUAUUUUACCAUGCGCUGGAUUAGUGAGUAGUAAAGAAUAUUCCAAAACGUGCAUUGUGAUCGGGCUGAUGGUCCGCAGUCCACACUUCACACUUGUCAAAGUGGGCCGGGCCCAGAUUCCACGCCCUCUCUGAAACGGAAGGAGAAAAGGAAACGGCGAACAAAUUAAAAUCGGAGCCAAUUAAUUAGGGAAAUCGAGUUCGGCGCUGCACACGACACGACGGCAGAAACCCUAGCUGCCGUGAAGUAGAAACUGAAAACUUCAAUCCUCCUCUGUUCAAACCCUAACCGCUGGUAAGCCUGCCAGGGAAUGGGGAGAGGAGAGAAGAGAAAGGCUAAAGUCGUCGAUGAAGAAGCCGAGGAGACGCAGAACGAGCCAAAGCUUGUGGUGGACUUGAGCGUCACCGACGACGAAGAUGACAAGGAGGCCAACGAGGAUCUGAGCCUGAAGAUCGUCGAGAAGGCUAUUUCCAAGCGCGGGACCAAGGUGGACGCCGAAGAAAUUGGCGCCGUUAAUUUGAGCAACGGUCGCAGCUCGGAUGGCGAUGCCGGUGCUGCUGUCGGUGGCAGUAACGGCGGCGAUGGCACAGCGGAGCUAUCAUCGUCUUCAUCACUGGAAACCUAUGCGAUUGUUACUGGUCCUGAUGGGGUUGUGAAGAAGAAGCUAAAGAAGAAGAAGAAGGUUAGAAGAAAGGAAGGUGGAGAGCAGCCUGUUAUCAUCAUAGAUGAAGAAGAGAAGAAGGAAUCAGUUAUGGAAGGGGAUGAGAUUGGGAAGACGGAGGCAGUUGAGGAUGCAGGAGUAGUUGUAACUGUGGAUCCAGAUUCUGUGGAGAUAUCAGAUAACAUCGUCCUGAGAAAGCUUCUUCGUGGACCGAGGUACUUUGAUCCUCCAGAUACUGUCAGCUGGCCAAGUUGCUAUAACUGUGGGGAGGAAGGUCACAUGGCAGUGAACUGUUCAGCACCUAGGAAGCGGAAGCCGUGCACUAUGUGCGGGAGUUUGGAUCAUGUUGCGAAGCAAUGUAACAAGGGUGGGGAAUGCUAUAUUUGCAAAACUCGUGGACAUCGCGCAAGGAAUUGUCCUGAGAAACACAAGGGUAGCUUUCAGAGUUCCAGAAUUUGUCUCAAAUGUGGAGAAUCUGGACAUGAAAUGUUCACGUGCCGGAAAAGUUAUGACAAAGAGGAUCUUCAGGAUAUACAAUGCUACGUUUGCAAGAGAUUUGGCCAUUUAUGUUGCGUUAAUUAUGUUCACGAGGGAGAAAAUGAAGUUUCCUGCUACAGAUGCGGUGCAGUCGGUCAUAAUGGCAUUGACUGUGCAAGGGUAACUGAAGAAGCAACUAGUAUCGGUGCUGCUAUUACGGCAGCAUCACCCAGUACAUGCUACAGAUGUGGCGAAGGGGGACAUUUUGCCCGCGAGUGCCCUACUCCUGGCAAGACUGGCAAGCGGAUUCUUGAUUUUUCAGCUCCUCUCAAGGAGAAGAAGAUCUCGGGGCAGAAAUCUGCUCCUCCCAACCUCGGUGGUAAAUCUCGGAAGAAGAGUAAAACAAAAUCUAUCGAAACACACUCUUCAACACCAAAAAAGUCAAAACGCCAACCCCCAAAAUCUCUUGAAGCAAACCUUCCUCCAACACCAAAAAAGUCGAAAAAUAAAGCCCCAAAAUCUCUGGAAACACACCCUUCAACACCGAAGAAGCCGAAACAGAGAGGUGGGUGGGCUACGGAGCACCUGCAGAAUCACUCCAACUCACAUCCCCAAAGGCAUCAUCAGCAUCUUCAGAACCCACCUCCUGCUUCAAUGCAGAGAGGUGGAUGGGCUGCCGAUCAUCCGGGGGAUUACCCUCAUCACUGGAACCCUCAGAGGCAUCAUCACCACCAUCAUCAUUAUCCGGAGCCACCUCCCUCGACGCCGCCUCCAUAUAGGAACCAUAUGUUGCACACGGCGUCAUCGAGUCACUAUUCGUCAGCUCCACCAGCCCAGAGGAUGACGUAUCAGCAGCGUCCUGGGCCUUCGAGAUUUCAGGGCGGUCCUCCGCCAUAUCAUCAUCAUCAGCCACAGCCGCAGCACAGGUAUCUGGAUGAUAGGCUUGGGAACCCCGGCGGUGAAUAUGGGCACAGCCCGGGUAGUUACGAUCAGAGAUGGCGGCAUGACAAUGGACAUGAAUGGCGGCAUGACAAUGGGCAUGAUUGGCGGCAUGACUAUGGACAUGAUUGGCGGCGGUGACAGAGAAAAGAGAGAACAAAGCUGCGGGGAACACAAUGGUAUUGUUUUCUUUCUCCUAUGGCCAUCCUGGCCUUUAUGUAACCUUUGUAAUCAGUUGAGCUCGCUUUUCUUGUUUUGGCAAGGUCUACUAUUUAUGAAUGUGAUAUCGGGGGAUUUCAUCUACAAGUGUCUUCUUUCAAUUUUGGUUCAUUCGUUUUCCAGUUAACAGUUGAGCAUCUUUCUUGGAUUAUCUCGUCCUAUACUAGCUAUUGUAUUAUGAAAUUUUGGAAUAAUUGAUUUUAAUUAUAGCGAUGGAAGUGUUUGGGGAAUGUUGCAUCCAGCAUGCUGGUAUUUCCUUUUGUACAGAGGAUCAGAAGGUUUGUAAUGCAUUCUAGGAAUCUGAGACUGAAAAGACGUCUCAAAUACCUGUUAUUGUUAUAUCCGUUACCCUGCUCUAACCAAUCGGGUUUUAUCUAUGCCGGUAAUCUCGUAUUCAUAUAAAAUUGAGGUAUACUAUUAAAAUUACGGUUGUGCUCGAUCGAGUUUGGGAUAUUCCUUUGUAAUCAUGAUUCAUGAAUACCAAUUUUUAUUUAUGUCAACUGAUUUCUUAUGAGUUAUGACUUAUGAGCAUAUUAACAUCAAAUAAGCGAAAAAGUACAAA